AACAAAGUAUACGUGGAUACGACGAUCAUUUUUCAGCGGAGGUAUAUGCCGAAGGGAAUAGUGCUUCCCUUGAUAUCCGAAGAUAUCAAUAAUUAUACUAUAGAACGAAAAACUUAAGAUUUGACGCGCGUGCAAGUAGCGCGCGAUCUCGAGAGAGUAGAAACCAUUAAUCGUCUUCCCAUCUUUCGCAGGUCUUUUCAGACGAGCUAUUCUCAUGUCCGGAUCAGCGUUGAGCGCCGAUGCUAUCGGGAAAGCACCGUUGCAGAUCACCAAACAGGUGGCGCACGCCCUUCACUGCCCCACCACCACUGACAGCGAUCUGGCAAUAUGUUUGCGCGGCCAAGACGUGGACACUUUGCUGAACGUGAAGAUUCAUAAACCGAAUUACGUCCCCGCAUUCGCUCCGUUGAUCGACAAUGCGGUCAUUCCGGACAAGCCUUACAAUUUGAUGAAAAAUCCUCAGAUGUUCGACAGGUUCGAUCUGAUGUACGGAGUGACGGAGUCGGAGAAGUAUCACUUGUUGUCACCGGUGGAUCUGAUGCACGGGAUGUCAGAAGGUCAGAGGGACGCGGUCCUGAAGGAGCACGCCAAGGCGACGCACGAGCUUGAAGCGGAAUUAAUCCUGUCCAAGAUUCUGGAACAAUACGGCGAUUUCUCGCCAGGAUUCGAGGGGGAGUACAUGCUGAAGAAUCGCGAUCUCGUGCUCGAGGCUCUAUCCGACAGCGGCACAGUCGCCCCCUUAAUAAUGGCCGCCAACUUGCACUCGAGGGCGAAUCCAAACAGCUACAUGUACGUCUUCGCGCAUCCCAAAGCGACGCAGGAGUACUCCGGCCAACAACGUAAGUACACCGUGCACAGCGAGGAGUUGCCGUAUUUGCUGGGCGCGCCUCUUGACGGGACGCGCGGCCGAUACGAUAUCGGCGAAACGCUCUUCUCCGAGGCUAUAAUGAACUGGUGGUGCAGCUUCGCCUACAUAGGGAACCCAAACGUGAAAGCAAUCUCAAAGCGAUAUCCGUACAUGAGGAAUGGACUGAAGGAAUUGAGCCAGUACGACGUCGAUUGGCCCGAGUACGAUCCUCAGAAUCAGAGGUACCUCAAUCUUACGAUUCCACCGGGCACGGGUAUGCAGUACCGACUUGCUGAAAUGCAAUUCUGGAACGAGCAUCUACCCAAAAUGCUUCUUCAUCCUGGCAAAGACAUACCGUUGCCGAUCCGACCGAAAGGGCCGAGACCGCAAAUUCUCGACAUCGCUGAUGGGAUUGGAAAGUACGCGAAUGCGAGCAGGGAUUAUGACACAUACGGUUCCAGAUUCAAGGAGGGGACGACGGAGGAGAGAUCGACGACGACGACGAGCGCCGAGAUCGCUACCUCCCCCCAAUCGUUUGAGGAAGAAGCGAUUCCGCAGCCAAGCGCGCCAAAGAGUUCUUCCGUGAUCGCUAUGCUGACUGGUUUCGGCGUGUUAUUCUUGAUGAUCAACUUCACGGCCUGCCUCUACCUGUAUUGCAAGAAGCAAGAGACGAAGAUGAAGGGGGGCGGGGUGAAGAGGCGGGCCAGCCAGAAGGAAGGGAAAUCGGACAAGUACGAGAACCAUUACGGGGAGCUCGGUUACAAAAGCGACAGUAAACCGGAUCUGAACGACGUGAUAAAGAACGACAAGGCGUACGACAACAACUCGAACUUUGGCAGACGCUCGAAAUUGUCCAGGCAGAGUUCCGGCUCUACCAUAGACACCCACAUCAAGGUUAGGGAAUGGAUACAACAGGAGAUAGUGCACAGGUGUUCCCCCAGGUUUCUCAGGAAGACGCGCGAAACGUUGCAAAAGGAGCAUCAGGACAAAUUGACGAAGCAGCAACGAGAAGAAGAAGAAGUGGAGAAGAAAAGGUUGGAGGAGAAGCUGUCGAAGGAGAGGAAAGAGGAGGCGCGAUACGAUAAAGAUCCGACGCUGAUCGUGCGUCCUGGCAAGAAAUCAAAGGUCCCGAAGGUAUCGGUUGCCAUCGACGCCACACCCGCGGCCAGAACGGAAUCGAUCCUCAACCAGAUGCCUAUCGAAUUGGCGAAGGGCGUCGAACCGGGCGUCGACUCGUUCAACAAGAGUAUCGAUUAUCCGAUGAUGAUCGAUCCUAGCCAGUUGCAAACAGCUCCUCAGGUGGUUGUCAUAGAGCACCAUCACUCGAAAAGCGAUCCGUUACCGAUGGAAAACGUGUUGAAGAGCGUGAAACCGAAUUUCUCCACGCCGAGGAUUUACGAGUCCGAUUCGGGGAGCACGAGCAGCCUCUACGCCAAGAUCAACCCCAAGUUGAAAUCCCGCUUGCCCCGCCCCGGUGAAUUGCCCGUGAAUCGCGACGGUGGGUCGGCGAUAGAUCAGGGCGAGGAUAUUUACAUGAAAAUGGGGCCCAAGUUGACCACGUUCGGUGCGAACGGUCCGCUCGCCGACACUUGCGAUAUAAACGUAACCUGCAGGGAGCCGUCUCCGGAGAAGAGGGAAUGCGCGAGCCCGGAAGAAGCCCUGAGGACCAUCAAGAGGAGAAACUAUCCCAAAGUUCUGCCAGACAUCGAGAAAAGGCGAUCCCUCCCGGCGCCCGGCAGCUUGUUCGCGUCCAAGCAGGGCGCAGGUUCGUUGAAGGAUUACAGGAGCGGAUUCCACUCGUCCCAUCAACCCCCUCAACCCCCGCCGAGGACGUUCGGCCCGUCCAAGAGCUUGGAGUUCGCCGAGGAGAGCGAGAAUCAAUCCGAGACAGAGACGAUCGUCACUAAUCUUCACGUUGGCCCGUUGCUCAGAAGGCAGGAUUAUACGGCGAAGAACAACUCCGAUCCUAGUAUCAUCGACUCCUUGGACGAGAGGAUGGACAACAGAUCCAGGGUGCAGAGCGGUGGCGGUAGCGUGGACACGAUUUAUUCGGGCAACGCGGGUCACGAGAUCGGGCAACCGAUUUUCCAGAGCGUGGGCAAGGACAUAGGGAAUCCGAUCGCCUUGUUGCAGGCGGGUAUCGGUAAUCCUAACUGGUACAAAUCGACUCCGACGGGGAACGGGGAUAUCUGUAUAGGGGCGGCAUCCUCGGAGCCCAGGAUCACUAUCAGGGAGGUGGACAAACAGCCUCAAUUCGGUGGCUCGAACUGGGACACAAGGAUCGAGCCGAGAAUCGUGAUCACGCCUAGGGUCGGCAAUCUUCUGGGACAAAAUCAAAGCUCGAGUCGGACGGUGAUGAACCUGUCGUCGGGCACCGAUUCCGACGAGAGACUCGACGGAGAGAUCAAACCUGCCGCCCCUAUCUACGAAUCGAAUCAAUCGGCCGCUACGCCGAGCACCUCGAUCGAGCAAUCGGAUCCCUCGUGCUCCUCUCCCGAUUCCGGAUUGCCGAGCGUGCAGGCCGGCCAAGAGCCGCGGAAGGAACCGCGAAUAAUAAUCACGGCCAGGGACACGAAGGGCUCCUCUAGUUUGAAACAACCGAAGAUCAUCAUCAAGCCUACGUCAUCGAGCUUGCAGAGGAGCAGGGAUCACAGGAAUAUUCCGAAGGUGUCGGCCAUUCCAUCCCCGGAGCAGAGCUGUCAGAGUUGUGUAGACAAGUCGGGCGAGCAGAGGGAAAAGCCGCCGUUGAAGGAGAAACCGAAGAUCACUAGGAUCCCCUCGUUCUCGAGGCGCGUGGACGAGGCCUCGGGCGGAACUGAGAGGGCGGCCGUCCCCUCGUACCCCGAGAAGGCGGAAAUCGUGCACAGGGUGGAGGCGGUGGCCAGCGGCAAAGUGGUGAACGUGACCGUGGCUUGCGACGGGAGGUCGAGCAUUCCUACGUUGCAACGGAAGGAGGGUGAAAAGUGUUCGAGCAUCGAGACGGGGGCCGGGGCGUUGAACACGGCCACGAUCAAAAAGAACCGGCGGGCAAAAAGUAGGAAGUAUCCGUCGCGCGCUUCUUCCACCAUUGUUCAACUUCGGACCGUUACUUUCGGCUGAGUAGUUUUCUAUGUUUGAAAUCAACUAUUCGGUUGUCCACUUGACGCUACUUAAUCCUUUGCCAAUGGACGAUGCGGCGAGGAGAGGGAAAGUAAUUGGUUCCUUUUUUUUUUCUUUUUUUUUUUUUCUUUUGCCUGUCUGGGGAAAUUUGGGAAAAGGAUAAAACGAUACACGGAUAUAUAUAUAUAUAUAUAUCUUAUUAGGGACCACGAAAUUGAAAUCCGAAGCAGUGUACGAUACUCGAUACGAAGAUCGUGAUAAGAUGAUGAGAUCGAAGCGUGUUAAUUUCUUAACGAUUUUUAUUGUUUUUAAAUAUUAUUAUUCGUAGUAGAUGUAAUUUUUCUUUUUGUACCAUAUUCGGGAAUAUUUGCAAUGAUUAAAACGAAGUCAAAUAAUAAACUCUUUGAAAUAACGUUUUUUUAACCUUUAGUCGUGUAUAAUCGUCGUGCACGGUAUUAAUUUUAUACAAACGAUAUGCCUAAAUUAAACGAUAUCUACGCUACGUUGAAUAAAACGAUCUGUUAUUAUUCAACACCGUAUUUAUUCACAUA